AUGUUGCCCCCACGCAGCGCCAUUGGGCGAAUACAGAGUCAUAUCCGGCCGGUACUACCACCCCGGACCUCUGGCCCAAACGUACACCUCCGCCCAUUCACCCAACGCACACGCCUACAGCUUCUUUCUCCGGCGCAAGGUCGACCCCAACUACCCUUCCUAUCACCACUUGCGCCAGCCCGACCACUCCCACCUCUAUCAAUCCACCUCCGCCAACAUUUCGGCCGUCUGAUCUCGACAGAAAGCCGCGAACACUACAAGCGCCGCUUCUCACGCGUUACUAAGCUCAGCCUGUCAUUCUACGCCAUCCUCGUCCUUUUCUCCGUCGUCAAGCUCGGCGUUUACCAAGAAGAUAUCGAACAUUCAUGGCCCACGCCACCGGAAUGGUCUUGGAAAAGUCGCUGGUGUUUGCGCUCUGCGGCGGCACAGCAGAAUCCUGAAGAGAUUGGUCAGCUCAUGACCAAUUGGCCUAUGGUUGCUGGCUAUCUGCGCGAGUUGCUGGAGCGUCUGGAGGACCCCGAGAUUGAAGGCAAAGGCAUUAUUGAGCAGGACGAGGGCGGUUUCUUGGUUGAAGGUGUUGGCCGGACUGGGCUUGACGUUUCGGCGAAGAGUGAGCCUUGGCGUCGUGGUUAUUUCCAGGCGCUUAUGGGUGCUGCUAAGGCUGCUGAGAACCUUGAUGGUUGGUUGACGGAUCGUAAGCAGCGUAUCUCUGCCCCUGCGGAGUAUGUUGUUGGGCCGUCUAACCCGAGGCCGAAGCCUAUGCCUGUUGGUCAGAAGAAGGUCCCGCAGGAGGAAGACUGUGAGCAGGCUUCUCCUUCUCCCGAGAGCUUUUAUAUGAAGGUUUUGACGACUAGGGGCUUUGAUACAAGGCAGAAGCUCGAUGCUGCUUUGGCAUAUGCCGACUGGCUUGAUUUCAAGGGCCUGGGCCAGACAGCUGGUGACAUGUACACCUGGGCCUUGGAUAUUGCCGCCGGUGGACUGGAAGGAGAUGUGAGCAAGAUUGUAGACAUGAAGAACGGAGUUCUGAAGAACAGCAAGGGUGCAGAUCUACCAUCAGAGAACCUCCUUCGCGUCUCUACAGCUCUUGCAGUUCACAACGCCCGCCAAGGCAAUCUCCCAACAGCCCUCUCUCUCUUCACAUCAGUCCUUCAAGCCCGCCGCAGCCUUCCUCUCUCAGAAGACUUCACCAUGCCCGCCUUCCCACCCCCCCACAAAAACAGCAACGACAUAUUCGCCUCCCUCUUCAAAUCAAUCAGAAAUGUCCUCGUUCCCGUCACCUACCCCGAACCUCUCCCCUCAGGCGAUAAGCCCCCACAACGCACAACUGCAUCCGCCUGUGAAGAAGCAGGCCUGAUGACCUACAUUGGGGAAAUCCUCUUCGCCUCUUCAAGCAAAGAAUUAGGCCUCGCCUGGACUCGGGAUGCAGUCGAUAUGGCCGAGUCCACGAUGCUCGACCUUGGAAAAUCAGAUGACCGCGACGCCCGCACUCGCUGUGCGCAGUGUGCCAAGGUUGGUCUGGAGAAUUGGAAGACUAUGAUCUCUUCCUUAGUUGCUCGUUCCCUGAAGGAAGAGCAGGAGAGCAGAGAGCAGGCCAAGAGUGCUUGGUUUGGUGGUGAGCGUCGUGCUCAGGCUAAGACCCUUGAGCGCAGGCGCUGGGAGGCUGAGGAUGCUAUUCUUGAGGAUCGCAUUCGCAGACUUUUCCCGCUCUUGGAGGGUGAGUCUGGGUUGGAUACUCUUGCUCCCAAUAGCUCUCUGUUUGUUUAG